AUAUCUCAAUUACCCUAUAAUUUUAAAUUUAGGGACGUAUUUAUAUUUUCCCGUUUCUCGUUUAACAAUUUCAAUUUGAUUUCACUGGUUUCGACAGCCAAAACAUCAGCAAGAGGCGUUCGCUCUCUGUCAGCUUGAUUUCAUUGAGGAUAACCUAUAAGAAGAAUUCUACCUAGAAGUUCCAAAAGAUUGAGAUUUUACAGAGACCAUCUCUCUUAAGAACAGUGCCAUGAAUGAUCGUCAAAAAUCUUUCAUUCUCUACUCCUCGACUAACUUCCCACUUCCUCAAGGAGUAAGGCUAUCAUAUGGGACAGCUGGGUUCAGGGCGGAUGCAUCAAUCCUCCAAUCAACAGUAUUUAGAGUCGGGAUUUUAGCAGCUCUUAGAUCUUUAAAGACCCAAUCAGUGAUUGGCUUGAUGAUCACUGCAUCACACAACAAAGUCAGUGAUAAUGGAGUCAAAGUUGCUGAUCCGAGCGGUGGUAUGCUCAUUCAAGACUGGGAACCCUUUGCUGAUGCAAUUGCUAAUGCUGCCACUCCUAUAAACCUUGUUCAGUUGAUAGAUGAAUUUGUAAAGAAGGAAAACAUACUUUUUGAUGGAGCGAGGUCAGCAGAGGUUUUGCUGGGAAGAGACACAAGGCCUAGUGGCCUAUUUCUCAUUGAAGCUGCUAAACAAGGAGUUAAUUCAAUUGUUGGAGCUCUUGCUCUUGACAUGGGAAUUUUAACAACUCCACAGCUACACUGGAUGGUGCGUGCAAGAAAUAAGGGGAUGAAAGCUACUGAAGAUGAUUAUUACGAGCAGCUUUCUAGCUCAUUCAGGUGCUUGACUGAUUUGAUUCCAAAUGGACACAAGAUCAAUGAAGUGGAUGACAGAUUGGUGGUGGAUGGGGCUAACGGUGUUGGUGCAGAAAAAAUUCAAGUUUUAAUGAAGAAGUUGAAUGGUUUGCUUAUUGAGGUUCGCAAUACUGGGAAAGGAGGUGUCCUCAAUGAAGGAGUUGGUGCUGAUUUUGUUCAGAAAGAAAAGUUUUAUCCACAAGAAUUUGGUCCCGAAGAUGUUGGGAUAAGGUGUGCGAGUUUGGAUGGAGAUGCUGAUCGACUUGUUUAUUUCUCUGUGCCAUCAAGUGAUAGCAGCACAAUUGAUCUUGUUGAUGGGGACAAGAUACUAUCUUUGUUUGCUGUAUUCAUCAAGGAGCAGUUGGCUGUUCUUAACACAGAGGGAGAGGAGAAGAUCAGUGACGAUUAUCAAGCUCGUGUCGGUGUUAUACAAACAGCUUAUGCAAAUGGAGCAUCGACAUAUUACCUCAAACAAUUGGGCUUAGAAGUGGUCUUUACCCCAACAGGAGUAAAAUACUUACAUGAGAAAGCUGCUCAGUAUGAUAUUGGAAUCUAUUUUGAGGCCAAUGGCCAUGGUACCAUCCUGUUCUCAGAAAGCUUCUUAUCUUGGUUGGAGGAAAGGUGUAAUGAGCUGUCUUCCAAAAACAAAGAUUCAGAACAGCAUAAAGCUGCUUUGAGACUGCUAGCUGUUAGUAGGCUGAUCAACCAAGCUGUUGGGGAUGCUUUAAGUGGUUUGCUAUUGGUGGAAGCCAUUUUACGACACAUGGGCUGGUCAAUACAUAAGUGGGCUGAACUUUAUCAAGAUUUACCAAGCAGACAGAUCAAGGUCAGAGUUGUUGACAGAACUGCUGUUGUCACAACAAAUGCAGAGACCGUGGUUGUGAAACCCCUCGGCAUUCAAGAUGCCAUUAAUGCACAAGUUGCAAAAUACUCCCAUGGCCGAUGUUUCAUACGACCAUCUGGUACGGAGGAUUUUAUACGUGUAUAUGCUGAGGCAUCAACACAAGAAGAAGCAGACAGCCUUGCAGGGUCUGUAACAAAGCUUGUGGAUCAGUACCUAGGAUUUUAUGGCUCCAGAUAGGAUUUGUUUUUAUUCACUCCAACAUGAUGACCUACAUUGCCACGAAAGCAAAUCAGAAGGUUUAUAUCAUUGAUCAUCCUGGAUAUUUGAGGUCAUUUACCACAUACUUUUGGUUUUUUGGUCUUUUGAGAUCGUAAAAUUGCAGAUACUAACGCUGUGUUCCAGUAAUUUGUCACCAUACUUUCAAUAACAGUUUUACAGAUUUGAUUAGUACACUUUAUGGUCUCGGAGACUAGUCAAAUUUGCAAUGAGAAAAUAGGCAUGUUUUUGUAUGCUGAGAAUUUACGAUCCAUUUGCCGAUUAUAUAUUGAUGCCGAGAGUUGUACUUCAGAAA